UGGCGGCGGCCGCUGUAGCGUCCCCUUUUUGCUUCCAGUCCGGUUGCUGGUGCUGCUGUGGACCGAUUCCGUCCGUCUGUCCGUCCCAGCCUCUCGCCCGACAGUCUCAUCGCCGCGCCGGCCUCUCCUCCACACCCCAGCCGAUCGUCCGGAAAACUCUUCUGCUCCAUCCAUGGCCUCCUCCGCGCAGAGCGGCGGCUCCUCUGGGGGACCCGCACUCCCCACCCUGCAGCGGGGCAUCGUCAAGAUGGUCCUCUCAGGAUGUGCUAUCAUUGUCCGAGGACAGCCACGUGGUGGGCCUCCUCCUGAGAGACAGAUCAACCUUAGUAACAUUCGUGCUGGGAACCUGGCUCGACGGGCUGCAGCAGGACAGCCAGAUGCAAAGGAUACACCAGAUGAGCCCUGGGGAUUUCCUGCUCGAGAGUUCCUGAGAAAGAAGCUGAUUGGGAAGGAAGUCUGUUUCACAAUAGAGUACAAGAACCCCCAGGGUCGUGAAUAUGGCAUGGUCUACCUUGGGAAAGAUACGAGUGGGGAAAACAUCGCAGAGUCUCUAGUAGCGGAAGGCUUAGCGUGCCGGAGAGAAGGCAUCCGAGCCAAUAACCCUGAGCAGAAUCGGCUUGCUGAAUGUGAGGACCAGGCAAAGAUGGCCAAGAAAGGCAUGUGGAGUGAGGGAAAUGGUUCUCAUACAAUCCGGGACCUCAAAUACACCAUUGAAAAUCCUCGGCACUUUGUGGAUUCUCACCACCAGAAGCCUGUUAAUGCUAUCAUCGAGCACGUGCGAGACGGCAGUGUGGUCAGGGCUCUGCUCUUGCCUGAAUAUUAUCUGGUCACAGUCAUGCUCUCAGGGAUCAAGUGUCCAACUUUCAGAAGAGAAUUGGAUGGCCCUGAGACACCAGAGCCAUUUGCUGCGGAGGCUAAAUUCUUCACGGAGUCCCGACUCUUGCAGAGAGAUGUACAGAUUAUCCUGGAGAGCUCCCACAACCAGAACAUGCUGGGCACUGUCCUUCAUCCAAAUGGCAAUAUCACAGAGCUUUUGCUUAAGGAAGGCUUUGCUCGCUGUGUGGACUGGUCAAUUGCAGUGUACACGAGGGGUGCGGAGAAACUGAGAGCAGCUGAAAGGUUUGCCAAGGAACGAAAGCUGAGAAUAUGGAGAGACUACGUGGCCCCCACAGCUAAUUUAGACCAAAAGGACAAGCAGUUUGUUGCAAAGGACAAGAACAAGAAACUUCGCCCCCUGUAUGACAUUCCUUACAUGUUUGAGGCUCGAGAGUUCCUCCGGAAAAAGCUGAUUGGGAAGAAGGUCAAUGUGACUGUGGAUUAUAUCAGACCAGCCAGUGCAGCCACUGAGACUGUGCCAGCCUUUUCAGAGCGUACCUGUGCUACUGUUACCAUAGGAGGAAUAAAUAUUGCUGAGGCUCUUGUCAGCAAAGGACUGGCAACAGUGAUCCGCUAUAGGCAGGAUGAUGACCAGAGGUCUUCCCACUAUGAUGAACUGCUUGCUGCCGAGGCCAGAGCUAUUAAGAAUGGGAAAGGAUUACAUAGCAAGAAGGAAGUGCCUAUCCACCGUGUGGCAGACAUCUCUGGGGAUACGCAGAAAGCCAAGCAGUUCCUGCCUUUCCUCCAGCGAGCUGGUCGUUCUGAAGCUGUGGUGGAAUAUGUUUUCAGUGGUUCUCGCCUCAAACUCUACUUGCCAAAGGAAACCUGCCUUAUUACCUUUCUACUUGCAGGUAUUGAAUGUCCCCGUGGAGCCCGGAAUCUCCCUGGCCUGGUACAGGAGAGAGAGCCCUUCAGUGAGGAGGCAACACUCUUCACCAAGGAGUUGGUGCUCCAGCGAGAGGUAGAAGUGGAGGUAGAGAGCAUGGAUAAGGCUGGGAACUUCAUCGGCUGGCUGCACAUCGAUGGUGCCAACCUGUCAGUCUCGCUGGUGGAGCAUGCGCUUUCCAAGGUUCAUUUCACUGCCGAGCGUAGCUCCUACUACAAGUCCUUGCUGUCUGCCGAAGAAGCUGCCAAACAAAAGAAAGAGAAGGUGUGGGCCCACUAUGAGGAGCAGCCCAUGGAAGAGGUGUCCCCAGUGCUGGAAGAAAAGGAGCGUUCCGCCAGCUACAAGCCUGUAUUUGUGACAGAGAUCACUGAUGACCUGCACUUUUAUGUCCAAGACGUGGAGACUGGUACACAACUAGAAAAGUUGAUGGAGGGCAUGAGAAAUGACAUCGCCAGCCACCCGCCCAUAGAGGGAUCCUAUGCCCCUCGCCGAGGAGAAUUCUGCAUUGCCAAGUUUGUGGAUGGAGAAUGGUACCGAGCUCGGGUAGAAAAGGUGGAGUCUCCAGCCAAGGUUCAUGUCUUCUACAUCGACUAUGGCAAUAGAGAGAUCCUGCCAUCUACCCGUUUGGGUACGUUACCACCCGCCUUCAGCACCCGAGUGCUGCCUGCUCAAGCCACAGAGUAUGCCUUUGCCUUCAUCCAGGUGCCACAAGAUGAGGAUGCCCGCACAGAUGCUGUGGACAGUGUGGUUCGGGACAUCCAGAACACUCAGUGCCUACUCAACGUGGAACACCUGAGCCCCGGCUGCCCCCACGUCACCCUUCAGUUUGCAGAUUCCAAGGGUGAUGUGGGACUGGGCUUGGUCAAAGAGGGGCUGGUCAUGGUGGAGGUUCGCAAGGAGAAACAGUUCCAGAAAGUGAUCACAGAAUAUCUGAAUGCGCAGGAGUCAGCCAAGAGCGCCAGGCUGAAUCUCUGGCGCUAUGGGGACUUUCGAGCAGAUGAUGCAGAUGAGUUUGGCUACAGCCGCUAGAAAGUGUCUCUUGCCCCAUCAGCACCGCUUACACUAAAACCUUUUCCCCACCUGGGAGGGAGGUGUCAACUGGAGAGCCCAGGACUGGGAAGGGGGGAAGGAUGGGUCCAGCUUUGCUUCAGUGUAUGGGACUGUCUCAUGAGGCAGAAUUCCUAGGCAGGGAGGGAUGGGGAGCUGGAAAGCUUUCCUGGAACUGGAGGCUUUGCCAUCCCAGGUUUCUCCUGACCUGAUUUGUGUUUUUUAAUUGUCUUCGAAUCAACUUGCCUAUGAACAGGAAUAAACACAAAAGACUUUAUGCACAGGGGAGAUAAGGGAGAGCCAUCAACUAAGAGUAGCUGCUGCUUGGCACCCUACUCUGACCCACGUGGCCCUCCUUUCGUCUUUGCCUCCUAGUUCUCUAACUGAUAGUUGAUUAUGUUACUUCUCUGAUCUGUCCAGUCUUAAAUGCCAGCAGCAUCUACCCUUGCUCCCUGCCCAAGAUGCCAACCCCUAUUCUGUAUUUAAAGCUUGCAAGACCCAAUAAAGUAGUACAGUGCUGUCCGCA